GUCGCAGAAAGGCGGUAAUCGUAAUAGCAGCGAGCAGCCAUGGAAGCCUACGUAAGUUCUGCUUCUCUUCCAUCCCUCAUUUGUUCCCAUCGAUCCAAACCCAAAUUCGCGAAUUCCCAUUCCAGUUCCGUACCUACUGCGCCUUCUCAGCCAUUACUUCGAACCACUACAUCGUCCAAAUUCAAGCUUUUCUCUUCCCCUGUUUCAGUGGAAGUACCACUCGAAGCAGCCGACGCCUCCGCCACCGCCGCAUUUUCCUCCGGCGAUGAAGAGAAGUUCGACUGGUACUCACAGUGGUAUCCAGUCAUGCCAGUGUGCGAUUUGGACGAGAGGGUCCCACAUGCGAAGAAGGUGUUGGGGAUGGACGUGGUGGUGUGGUGGGACAGGAACGAGAAUGCGUGGAAGGUGUUCGAUGAUAUGUGCCCUCAUCGCCUGGCUCCGCUAUCGGAAGGAAGGAUUGAUCCAUCGGGAAGGCUGCAGUGCGUUUAUCACGGUUGGUGUUUUGAUGGCUCUGGCGACUGCAAGCUCAUCCCUCAAGCCCCUCUUGAUGGUCCUCCAGUUCAUACAAGUAAAAGGGCUUGUGUUGCAGUGUAUCCAGCAAUAGUGCAUCAUGACAUCGUUUGGUUUUGGCCAAACUCUGAUCCUCAAUACAAAGACAUCUUUGAGAAAAAGAAGCCUCCUUUCAUUCCAGAGCUGGGUGAUCCAUCAUUCACUAAGAUUAUAGGAAACCGCGAUGUCCCUUAUGGGUAUGAUGUAUUGAUAGAGAAUCUUGCAGAUCCUGCUCAUCUUCCCUAUGCACAUUAUGGGCUGGUACCAACACAGCCAUUGAAGGAGAAGCGUGAUAAAGAAGGGGGAAGACCAGUUGAAUUUACAGUGAAGAAACUAGGCGUAGAAGGAUUCGAUGCAGAACUUGGAUUCGGCUACAGUAAAUUUCAUGCACCCUGCAUAAUUUCUAUCCAUACCGAUAUACCUUCUAGGCCCAAUGAGCCAUCUAUAGAGCGGAAGACGGCAUUGGUUUUCAUGUGUAUCCCUGUCAGUCCAGGCCAUAGUAGAUUAAUCUGGGUGUUCCCGCGAAACUUUGAUGUUUGGGUCGAUAAAGUUCUACCAAGAUGGAUGACCCAUAUGGGGACAAACUUACUGCUGGACUCUGAUCUAUAUCUUCUCCAUAUUGAGGAGCGCAAAAUCAAAGAAAUCGGGCCUGAGAAUUGGCAGAAGGCAUGUUUCUUGCCUGCCAAGUCCGAUGGUCUGGUUGUUGGCUUUAGACGAUGGUUCAACAAGUAUGCGGAUAGUGAAGUCGAUUGGAGAGGCAAGUAUACGGGCGAACUUCCUCCAACCCCGCCGAGAGAACAACUUAUGGAUAGGUACUGGACCCAUGUGGUGAACUGCAGCAGCUGCAACUGCGCGUACAAGUGUCUGAAUGCUGCCGAGAUCAUUCUCAAGGUCGUUGCUGUUGCCAUAAUUGGUGUUGUUGCAGCAACCAAGCAAGGGGUGAUCACAGCUUCCACAAGAACUGGGCUGGCAAUAUUGGCUGCGUUGUGUUAUGCGGCUUCUAAGUGGCUGGCUCAUUUCGUGUACGACAACUUUCGCUACCACGACUAUAAUCACUCGUUUCCUGAAAAAGUGAUGCUCUUUCUUCGCAUUUUUGGGCUAGGCAUCGCUUUGUAGUCGUAAUUGACGCUGAGAUGGUAAAUGGGUUGUUCGUGAUCUCUACCGUGGUACAGUAGAAUUCGAAGCAAACACCAUAUCUAGUGUGUAUGAUAAUAAAGUAAGCCAGAUCUUGAAAGCAUUACAGUUGCAUAAUGUGAUGUUGGGCCAAUUAAUGUACAGCAACAUCAAUAAUUUGUCUCCCCAACAGUGCACCCAUCUCAAGAGUCAAAAAGAGUCGGUUUCAGUCAUCUUUCCGGUAAAGCAUGGCAUCUCAUCACAUCUCUUCG